AUGCGCAGUCGCGAGCCCAACAACGAUCCGGACAACCGUCUUGGAGAAAAACCGAUGGAAUCCCUCGAAAUUGAAGACAUACAUCAGUCGAGUCGAAGGGCCAACGCCUACGACAGUGAUUCGUAUCAUCACGAUGCUUACACAGAUUCCGAAGAAGAAUCUCCCAUCGCGCCCUACGAGUACCGUCAUCGGAAAAGCGAACAUAACGAUACGACUUUAAUGUUGGAUCCCGACGAUGCUCGUCCGCUGGUGGGAAGCAGCAUGAUUGGAAUCAACAAUACGCGAUUGACAGCCUUGCAGACCGUGGUCAAAAGUCGUGCCUGCUGGCCCGUGUACAUUGGGAUAGCCCUCGUGGUCUCACUCUUGAUUGCGGCCAUUGCUUACGUACCCCCGGCUCGACGCAAAGUCACGCGACCCGAUUUUAUUUGUCCCACCGAACCGGCGUCGUCACUGUUUUGGACACACUUCACGCACAAGGUACAAACGUGGGUGGGGCCAGAACGGUGUCGGACUGGACGAAAUAAUGAGGUGUGCUCGUGCGAGGACCCUACCCAGCCGUCAAUUCCGCAAAGUCCUGAUUCUUGGCGGGAGGGAUGGCAGAGAGCAACGUUACGGAAUGCGGCUCUCAUUCAAGAUCGGAAACACCUCGCGCUGGACGUUGUCUUGCUGGGAGAUUCCAUUACUGAACACUGGUUGGGCACAGGUUUCGCCGAACCAAACAACGACUAUCAAGCAAAUGUGCCGGUCUAUCAGUCACUCUUUUCCAAAGAACACGGCGCCGUGAUUGAAGGCCUGGCUUUGGGUAUUAUUGGAGAUCGUUGUCCAAACUUGUUGGCACGGCUGCAGAACAACGAAACGGUACAGGGCUUGUCCGUCAAAGUUUUGUGGGUUUUGAUCGGGACCAACGACUACGCGAGCAGCUUUUGUCGUGUGGAUUGUAUCGUGGCGGGCAACUUGGCCAUUGUCCGAGAGUUGCGACUCCAAAAGCCCGAGGCCACCAUUGUAAUCAACGGCCUACUGCCUCGCAGUAAAUCGCGUACCGACGUGGCUUUUGCCGAUGACUUUGCUGAGAUUAAUCGGCGACUCUCAUGCAUUGCCGAUACCUUGGACGAUGUUGUCUUUUUCGACGCUGCGUAUCUAUUCUUGACCGAAGAUGGUGGCCUAAAUCGAACCAUGCUGCCGGACGGUUUGCAUCCUGGUGAAGUAGGAUCACGUGUAUGGGGGCAAGCAAUUGUGGAUCGAGUUUUGAAGAUUGAUGGUGGACUGUAG